AGAAACCUGCCGCAUUUUUUCAUGUAGCGCCUCAACAAGUUGAAGCACUGAGUCGGAUCAAGGUAGAGCUGCUUGGACCAAACAGCCUAUUAUGGACAUCCCUGCCAUAAAUCUAAAGGCCAUAGUACUGGUGCACUGGCUGCUUACAGUAUGGGGAUGCAUGGCGUGGCUGCCCACCUCCUUCGCUUGGGGGAACUUCUGUGUGUUAGCUGUUGGGGUCUGGGCAAUUGCACAGAGGGACUCGAUUGAUGCUGUGCUCAUGUUUCUGAUGGGGAUGAUUGUGACAAUAUUGACCGACAUCAUCCAUUUUGGGAUCUAUUACCCGCUGAGCGACUUUGCAGCAGAAAGGGGACGGGACGUGUUUCGCUUCAGCGCAGGAAUGGCCAUCCUCAGCCUGCUGCUCAAACCUGUGUCCUGCUUCUUUGUUUACCAAAUGUACCGCGAGCGUGGAGGAGAUUACAACGUCAACUUUGGUUUCCCGUCCGUAUCACGAAACAGAGACGCCUACCAGUCCAUUGACCAGCAGGAUGAGUCGUCCAGCCCCGCAAAUCCCUUCAACCAGGCCCAGGACAGCAAACCAGGAGCCCGCACAUACUGAGAGGAGCAGGCAGAGAGCAACACAGUGUUUUCCUCUGACUCUUUAUGCAGCAGCGCAGAGCUUGGGGCCAGUUUUUACAAUCGAUUCCACAUCAGUCCAUUUGUUUUGUACAGUCCGUCUGCUGCAGAUCGCAGCACUGAAAACAAAUUGAAUACCUUUUUAUUAUGGUAAAUCAUUAAUUCUGUUUGGGUUUUAGAAUGAAAUGUGGCAUAAUUAAACCCAUUUUAAUUUUUUCUUCAAAGGUGGGAAUGUUUUUUGCUGAGCUGGCACAUCGCUGCUGAAUAAAUAGACAGGAAAAAUUGCUCUACCACUCCCAUGCUGUGUUCCUGUUUUUACCGGCUACUAAUUUUAGUGGGGAGGUGUUGAAUGGAACUGUUGUGUUUGCAGGAGUUUUGUUAGUUUACUUUUUCCAAGCGAGUCAUUUUUUUUUUUUUUUUUUUCCCAAAUAUGGCACUUACAGACAUUAAGAGUCAUGUCUGUUUCUCUUUGUGUUCUGUAAAUUAUGAAGUAUUCAUUGUAUGCAGUAUGAAGUAUUAUUUUCUGGUUAGUAUUUACUGUACGGCACAGCGGUGCUUAAAGAGUGUCAUGCUGUAGAAGCAAUACUUUGUGCCUUUGUAUUUUUGGAGCUAAUAAGAGCUGUGUCCUUCGACUGAGCUGAAAACAUGAUGACCAAAACUAGAGUUACAGUUCAUUUACCUUGGUGUUGAUCUAUGCAAAAUCCAAAUUAAGAGUGCUGUUACAUGUAGCACUGUAACUAUAAAAGAAAUACAUAAAAAAAAAAAAAAAGAAA